AUGGGACAGCAAACUUCUGUGCCACAGGGUGACCAAAAUGAGGCGGACAAUAAGGGGAAACGAUUUGCAUCCAGCGUCGAUCUUAUGCAGUAUUUCAACAAGAGGGCCAUCGGUUUCUUCAGCGUUGCAGAAAUAGCAGCAUUCAAGAGCAGAUUUGACGGUCGAAAGCUAAGUGCCACUAUCAAGUCUGCGGAUUUGGCAGAGUGGCUACAUAUCCCAGGUGACAGCGUGUUGCUCUGUCAGAUGAUCUAUGAGUUUGUUCGUGUUCUUAGCAACUUCCCGUUAAUGAAGGAUGCGUUUGAAGAGGUUACUGGUGUUGGUUUGUUAAAGGCGAUUCUUUUGAGUGAUCCUGUUAGAUGCCACAAGUACGUAGGAGUCAAAAACUAUGACUAUCUGAAGCUGUUGUUCAUUGCAUUCAGCACAAGGAAAUCUGUAAAGGAGGAACUAUCGUCAGGAUCAUCGACAUCCUUAGAAGAGGGCGAGGAUCUAAAGAAGCUCAUCCGCAAUUACAAUGGCAUAGCCGUUGAUGAGCUCGUUUUAGACGCCAAAUUGCUUCUGCAGCUUUUAACGUGGUUGCUGCUUCUAACUUCUCAUUGUCCCACGGGCAAUUGUGAGUUCCCUGAUGAGACGGCCUAUAACGACUGGAGUUCGUAUAAGCAGGCGGCAACAUGUUUGUUAAGAGCGAUGAACCCAGAGAUCAUUUCCGUCUCGGACUUGCAGAGUGUCACUUUUGAGCAAUUUUCCAGUUCAAUCAAAGCUAUUAUGCCAAAUAUUUUCAGACCCCUACAAAAACUGAUGGAACACCUGUUAUAUCGAGAUGAAGACUUGGUUGCCUGCCUACUGGAUACUGGAAAUUUGAGAAACAGGUCAAAGUUGAUGACACAGCCUGUCUUGGCACAACUGUUCGUUUCUCUUCCUGACAAGUUAUCAGUUUCCAAUCUACAGAAGCUUUACGUGGGUAGCGAGAGCGGAUUCUCAAUGAGAUCCUUGCAGGCAAAGGUUUUCAAAUGGAUGGCCCCUACUUUACUGCUUGUUAGCGGCAAAAGCAUUCUUGAUGAUGAAGAAUUUAGCAAAAGUAACCCCAGAUACAGAAAAUUUCUAUCAGAGUUCCCAAAGUUGAAAGAGGGAACUCCAAACCCAUUCGAUUUGCGGAGCAACAAAACUAAAGUUACUUUCGCCAUAUACGUUCCUGACCCGUGGAGAGUAACGAACAAAGACUUCUUUGGAGGUCUGGGAACGACCAUCGUACAACUCGCUCCUAUACAGGAUGUUUUUAAAGCCGUCAAAGACGGUACGAUGUAUUUCAACACAAUGGGCGGUGGGAUUGGAAUUGGAGAUAACCAACCACAAAUUAAGGCGAGCUCAAAAUCGUAUUCAGUGGGCAAUGUGUCAUUAACCAUAGAUAACACACUUGAAUUUGCAGCCUUCCGCCAGACGGGUUACGGAGGCAUAUUCAGUCCCAGUUCCCGACUGAAAGAAAUCCACAAGGAGAACAGGCCAUUCGAGGUCAGGUUUUUGAUCCAGCAUGUCGAAGUUUGGGGUUGUGGAGGUGAGAAAGAGCUAGAGGAGCAGUACAAGAAGUGGCAAUGGGAAGAAGCCGAGGCAAAAAGGCGCCAGCAGAUCAAUUUACGCAGUAUAGGCGAAGACCGAGCUCUGCUUGAGAUGGCUGGAAUAAUCGGGCAUGCACAAAGUGGCGGCUCUAUUUAA